AUGGUCUUCACAUCGCGCGAGUUGCUCAACCCCACAUCAGUCUCGUACGUCCUGAUUGGAGAACAUCGCUCCCACCGGUUGGCCGUGUAUGGCCAAGGCAAAGCUGGCACAACUAUUAUGACUAUGGCGCAAGCAAAUCAGACACCCACAAUACUCGAUGCCUUGGACCUCAAUGACUCGGAAGGCGACUCUUUGACGGGUAAUGUCGAGGAAGUGCUUUUCGGAGUUGAACGCAUACUUAGAAAGACGCCUCUUCACCACAGAAUUAAGAAACUACGUGGUGCCUUUACUUCGUGGCUGUCCAACCUGGACAGCUUUAUCCCAACUGAGCAGCAACUGCGACUCGCAGAGUAUGAGGCAGCCACCGCUAGUCAAACCUUGAGCCGCAUGGUCCAAUCUGCGACGGACCUGGUGGAUGCUCAGGGCAAACCGGAGUAUCGAGAUAUUGUUGAACGCGAGUUGAGUAUGCUGGAUGCGCAGAUGGUUGUACUGGCUCGCCUCUUCCCCGCAGCUUCAGCAACGCGGCGUGCAAACAUAAGCAGCUCUCGAGGACCAAGUACUGAAGCGCUUAGCUGGGCGGCUAGUGAGCCAGGGUCCGGCAAUACCAUAUUGCCUCCUUUACAGUCCACGAAUACUAGCCCUCCACCACGUCCAAACUACACGAACUCACAUUCAGGCUCAAGCUUCCCUCGGCCGCAGACUCGUCAAUCCACGGGAUUCAGCAACUCUGGUGCGGAAGCCCGUCCUCGACCCGAGAUCUGGCGCAUCAAUUCCCCUAAAUCAGGCCAAUUUGUUACCGGGAACUGGUACCAAAGCCCCGAAGAUGCUAUGGGUGAUCAUGGACCCGGUAUGCUGGUGCAUGAAGUCUUCAUCGGUGGAACCUCCAGGGGGAUUUUGGGCAAUGUUCAUGGAUCUCAAAACCCCAUAGGAUCACCCCUGCAGGAACCGCGACGAGAGGAACAAGGAGGGCGAUUUGGUUAG